AUGGCUCCAAACAAUUCUCAACUCCAUUCUGCUGCUACCUUCAACAACCAAGGGUUUUACAAGCCCUCUCGAUACUUUAGGUACCUUAAACACUUUCAAAAUCGCCCACUCUAUCCAUCGUUUCCCAUUCAACCUUAUGCCUUCAGAAAGUAUGAUCUGGACAUUCCUGAUCUCAUUCACAAGCUUGGCUGGGGUUCUCUAUUUGAGAACCAACGGUUCAGUCAGUGUCCUGAAGGUGUCAGAAUGUUCUAUGCUAGCUUGAAGCGUGGUCCUGGGUCGAGUCCCUCCUUUUUCACAACUGUGGUGUACAACCAUGAAAUCAAGGUCACAGCAUCUCUCUUGGCAGAGACUCUUGACCUUCCUUGUGUCGGAUCAUCUGCUGCCACAAAUGAUGAUUUUGAAGCCAUCAGAUUUGACUUUGGCUCAGCUAUGGAGUCCCUCACCCAUGAUAUUGGGACAUACUAUCCUUCCAUGCUCUCUGCAGGACGUCUGGCAGAUCAGUUCAAAGUGCUCCAUUUCUUUAUCACCAGGAUUCUCCUACCUCGUAGCGGUCUCUCUGUUGAUCUUGUCCAUCCUGCUGAUGCAUGGAUUAUGGCAAAUGCUCGUGAUGGCGUCAAACUCAAUUUCUCUGAGCUUAUGUUUGUUCAUAUGAUCAACUAUGGCGACGAGAAUUACUCUGGUCCUCUCCCUUUUGGUCCCCAAAUCACUCGCCUGCUGUCUCGCGUAGGAAUUGACCUCCGUGAUAAAUUGGUAGUCUGUGAUGUCCGCGAAGAUCUGCGUGCUCAACACAUUCUUACUCGUGUUGACGCCCAGGUUGGUAGGAGAAAGCCUGCCAUUUGCUCAGGGGGAGAAUCUGCUAAGGAUUCCAAGCAAUUAGUUUCUGCACUCUUGGAAGCUGCAUCUGCAGUACUUGACAGAGAAAUCUCUGCUGUCAAACGCAAGGAACUAGCCAGUAUGGAAUUUCAUUAUGCUCGGAUCAAGAUGGCAAAGAAGUCUGAGUAUUCAAACACUCUGGAGGGAGAAGCAGAGGGUAUAUCUGACUAUGAAUCCCCACCAGAAUAUGAUUUCUGA